UUUCAAUAUACCCGCUGGCUGUCCGGGACUGUUUAUGUAGCAAGCACACACACACACAUACAUAUUCCUAAGCAUCUGUCAUACAUACAUACUACGUUAAGUUAGGUCACACUAUUAUUAAACACACAUUAACAUCUCUGUUACUCUUAAGAAACACUAUGCUUGUCUCACUCCCUCAUACUGUAUACCCCCAACGCUUGUGAAAUAGGCUAAGCCUGUACAAAUCUGUGCAAUAAAGAUCACUUUUGCUGCGACCGCCGAAUAAGAAACACCCAGAAAGUGCCGUCUACAAUUUCAGAAGUGGGAUUACCGCGAAAAAAAUGUUUUCUCGCGUCCUUACUGCCUACGAGCAUAAUAAAGCAAAAGUUAUUAAGUCAGUUAUUUAAAAUAGUUUGUAGUCAUGGACCCCAUCGCUGCGGACGACUACACAGCAUCAGAACUUCGAUGUUGGCUGGAAAAACUUGGGUUGCCGAAAAGCGGCACCAAGGCAACACUAGCAGCGCGGUUGAAUGGUGUGCACCCCGCAGCCCGAGGAGAUUGUCCAGUACUGGACCCCAAGGACAUGACCGACAUUGAAGCUGGACCCGAGGAAAGGUCAAAUACUGCUGAAAAUCAAGGAACCGAUCAGGACGAUGUCGGGGCUACAUCGCUGGAAGCCCAAAACAACGAAGAAGCUGACAACAACAUGUGCGUUCCAGAAAUUUCCAUGCAAUUGGAAUCUCUGAAGCGUCACUUAGAAGUCGUCCAAUUGGAAAAUGAGUUUCUCAAAUUGGAAGUUUCCCGGCGUCAGCCAUUGAAUAGAGUGACCGCACCUUCGACGAGCAACUUGCCAGAAAUCCAGAACAAUGUUUCCACACCAAAUCAAACCAAUGUCACCCUAUCGAAUUUGGGGAAUAUUGUUGAAGAGGCUGCCAGACCUAAUACAACCAUUUUUAACAACAACUCUUUGGUGACCACGGUGAAGGAAAUGCUUCCACCUUUUGACGGUGCUGUUAACAGCAAAGUGCCAGUUAACACUUGGAUCGCACAGCUCAACGCGAUCAUAAAAAUGUACAAGCUGAGCGAAGACAUAACUCGCAUGCUGGUUAUGUCAAAGUUGAAAGACCGAGCUCAAAUUUGGUUGUACUCUUCUGAGAACUUUCUGUCCUUGCCAGCCCAGGACCUCUUAACUCAACUCGCAGAGGCUUUUCAGUCAAAAGAGAGCAAGAUAAUGUCCAGACGCAAGUUCCAGGAGCGAAAGUGGCAACCAGCUGAAGACUUUGCUACGUACUUUAACGACAAGACCCUGUUGGCUGCACACAUCAGAAUAGACGACGAGGAAUUAAUCGACAGUAUCAUCGAAGGAAUACCGGAUACUCUUCUACGACAACAGGCACACAUGCACUGUUUUAAUUCGUCUGCCCAGCUGUUGCAGGCAUUCUCCAAAGUAACAUUGCGGAAACCAUCUCUCGCAUUUGGACGCCACAAAGACGUUUCUGGAAAUCAGCCCGGACCCGCUGUAAGAUGCUUCAACUGUAACUCCAUGGGUCACUUCGCAGCCGACUGCCGCAAGCCUAAGCGCGCGUACGGCGCUUGCUACGGUUGCGGAAGUUUGGAGCACCUGAUAUCCCAUUGCAACGAGAAGAAGAACGCAACCAAAAAUGAAUAUAAUGCCUAAUCGAUUCUGGGAGUCCAAUUAGUUUUACGAAGUUAUCCUGCGUUGAAAACAUUCUAAGAAGUAAUAUCGUUAACGUUAAUGAAAACAAAUUGUCGCAUUACUUUGGCUUGAACCACA